ACUCGGCUCUUUUCGCUGAUGCGGGCGGCUUGGGGGCCGCCGCAGCUAGAGAGACGCUUUCCUUUUUAAUUUUUUUUCCAUGUGUUCACUUCCGGGUCCGGCGUCGAUCCGGAUGCCCGAGGCAGAAGGAUGUUUGACCUCCGGAUAAGCGAGGCGCCGCUGUGCAUUCAUUCCCAGCUGCAUCGGUGGCGACAGCAGAGGCUCGGGCGGCGACUCUCUGGCCAGCGGCGGCGGUAGGAGGCACCAGCAGCAGUGCAAGGACCGAAUCCGGGCAGCGCUGCGUUACCUCUCUCGCUCCUUCCCCCCUACCUCGCUCGCUCGCCCCCUGCGUGGCUCGCUUUCCUCCUCCGGCCGCCGGCGGGUGUGAUGUGCCGCCGUCGCUACCCCCGCCGGCGCUGACUGACUGGGGGCGCCGCCCGCGCCCGGGACCGACCCCGCUGCUCGCGGCCGCGCCUCUGAGCUCUCUAUCAAUAUCAGCUCACAUCAUUGAAAAGAUAAUUUUGAAGACAUGUUUUGCUGAAAAGACAACUGAGAAAAAUUUUACGAAUGGGAUGAGCAUGCUGCAGUUAACUGACUACCUGCUGCAAUUUGAAUGUUAACAUUACCUAUCUGGUACAGUUACCUAGUGAUGUACCUAUUUUCACAAUACCCUAUUUCAGUGUGCUUGUCUUGAUUAAAGAAUUCAAAGUGGAGUACCGCAAACUUGAUAUGGAAAAUAAAAAGAAAGACAAGGACAAAUCAGAUGAUAGAAUGGCACGACCUAGUGGUCGAUCGGGACACAACACUCGAGGAACUGGGUCUUCAUCGUCUGGAGUUUUAAUGGUUGGACCUAACUUUAGAGUUGGAAAAAAAAUUGGAUGUGGCAAUUUUGGAGAAUUACGAUUAGGGAAAAAUUUAUACACAAAUGAAUAUGUGGCAAUUAAGUUGGAGCCCAUGAAAUCAAGAGCACCACAGCUACAUUUGGAAUACAGAUUCUAUAAGCAGUUAGGAUCUGGAGAUGGUAUACCUCAAGUUUACUAUUUCGGCCCUUGUGGUAAAUACAAUGCUAUGGUGCUGGAACUGCUGGGACCUAGUUUGGAAGACUUGUUUGACUUGUGUGACAGAACAUUUUCUCUUAAAACAGUUCUCAUGAUAGCUAUACAACUGAUUUCUCGCAUGGAAUAUGUCCAUUCAAAGAACUUGAUAUACAGAGAUGUAAAACCUGAGAACUUCUUAAUAGGACGACCAGGAAACAAAACCCAGCAAGUUAUUCACAUUAUAGAUUUUGGUUUGGCAAAGGAAUAUAUUGAUCCAGAGACAAAGAAACACAUACCAUACAGAGAACACAAGAGCCUUACAGGAACAGCUAGAUAUAUGAGCAUAAACACACAUUUAGGAAAAGAACAAAGUAGAAGAGAUGAUUUAGAAGCUUUAGGUCAUAUGUUCAUGUAUUUUCUGAGAGGCAGUCUUCCUUGGCAAGGCUUAAAGGCUGACACAUUAAAAGAGAGGUAUCAGAAAAUUGGAGAUACAAAACGGGCUACACCAAUAGAAGUGUUAUGUGAAAAUUUUCCAGAAGAAAUGGCAACAUAUCUUCGUUAUGUAAGAAGGCUAGAUUUUUUUGAAAAACCAGACUAUGACUACUUAAGAAAGCUUUUUACUGACUUGUUUGAUCGAAAAGGAUAUAUGUUUGAUUAUGAAUAUGACUGGAUUGGUAAACAGUUGCCUACUCCAGUGGGUGCAGUUCAGCAAGAUCCUGCUCUGUCAUCAAACAGAGAAGCACAUCAACACAGAGAUAAGAUGCAACAAUCCAAAAACCAGGUUGUAAGUUCUACAAAUGGAGAGUUAAACACAGAUGACCCCACCGCAGGACGUUCAAAUGCACCCAUCACAGCCCCUACUGAAGUGGAAGUGAUGGAUGAAACCAACUGCCAGAAAGUGUUGAACAUGUGGUGCUGCUGUUUUUUCAAACGAAGGAAAAGGAAAACCAUACAGCGCCACAAAUGACUCUGGACACAGACAGAUCCUGGGGAGUUACUUACAUAUUCAUCUGCUGUCUUGUGAUUAAAAUCAUCUCUGUAGUGACCACAUAUAUUUUUAAGGACUCACUCUUAGAAACAAAAAUGUCAUACUUUCAUACUUCAUUUUGUGGUUGUCUUACAUUCUUUUUUUUUUUCUAAUUGAACUUUUAUGGAAGCUUUAAAGUUUUGUCAAAACAUGAGUGCAUUGCCCAUCAGUGAAUGGAAUGGACCAAUGAGGUGGUAUCGAUGAAUAUACUUCUAUAGAACAUUUUUUCAGAAGUUCUUCUGUUGCAGGAAGCAUACAGUAUCUUAAGUGUCAACCAGUUGUAUACCUAAUCUGGUUUUUUAUAACUUCUGUAAGAGCAUAAUCAAACAGGAAUUUUCUUUCUCAGUGGAUAAUACAACAGAGAAAACAGAGUUGCCCAAAUAUUUAAAAGAAGUUAUUCCUUGAGAAGUUCAUAUUUUGUGACAUCUGCAUUGAUUUCAGUGUUACUGAUGGUACUGUUAUUCAUAAGUCAUAUUAACAUUCUCUCUGUGAAAUCAUGGUACAGUCACUGCCCAGAGGUACUGAAGAAAAAGCAAUAUGGGUUCCGCAGAUGGUAGUGGUAAAAUGAAUCUUAAGUAUAGUGCGGUAAAUAUGUGCUCUGCUUUUGUUGCACCACCAUGUGAAGUACUGUGUUGCAGAAGUGGCAAAAGCGCUUAUUUUUUAAAAUGCAAAAUAUUUGUACAAUGUAACUUUAUGCUUCCAAAUAAUAAUGUAUGUUAGCAAGAAAUGAAUACUUCAAAAAGUGAUACAUGUUGGAGUUACAAAGAAAUACACUAAGGAGAGGUAGUAAAUGUGACCCUUGUUGCAAUGUAUAAGGUGGAAGCCUAAAGAAAUCUCACUGAAACUUACUGCUGAAUGAUUACUUUCUCCCUUAAGCAGAAAACUUUGGAUGUGCCAUGCAAUGGUGUCUGUGUAAUUAUUUUGCUCUUUGAUAAAAAAAAGACCCCCAGCAAUAAAAAGUGGGUCACUCUAUUCCCUCUGUGCACAUUAGUCUCUUGUAUUCAACUUUGCUGAUUCUCUGGAAUUUUCCUACUCUUUAGCAUAAUUUUGUUGAUUGAAAAAUAUUUUGGAAAGGAUGGGUCAGGUGCUUUGCCUCCAUAGUCUUUUGAAGUGCCUGCAUAUGAACAAAAAAAAAAAAAAAAAAAAAAAAAAAAACACUAAUUCUGUAAAAAAGGAAGCCCAUUCCACUUUUCAAGUAUGCUUUGUUUUAAGCCAUAAAGACACACAUGUAGUUUUGUCACAUUCUGCUAGCCAGAAUCUUCAAGAAGGGUUAAAACAAAGACUGGCUAGAAGGAUAAUUAUUUUGAACAAAUCUCAUAUUCAUCUUUCAUUUAUACAAUUGUUACUUACUCCUUCCAUGCAGUCUCUUCGUUGUCUUUAAGUGUGUGCCUUCAGGCAUGCUUAUUUAUUUUUAUUGUCUCAAGGUAACAUUUAAGAUGUAUAUUAAAGUAAAUCUACAUUUUUUUUACUUCAUUAUUGCAUUUACAGGGAUUUAAUUGUACUUUGUAAUUUAUUUUUCUUAUUAGCCAAAAGUUUAAUGCAUUUUUUUUGAUGAAUUAGGCACCCACAUGAACACCACAAAUCAGGACAUUGUUUUUCAUUGUUGCUAUGAAUCCUGUGAAUGAUCUCUUUUUAUUUUAAAGACCUACACUUAACCUAGAAAGCAUUUGCUGUAUAAUUUGGUCAACAGUUUCCAUUCUAUCUAUCUGUAUACUGUCAUGAUAUAUGUCUUAAACUGCAGGAGUUACAUACUGAGUUUAUAUUUUUAUUUGCUUUAAGCAAGGUAGAUGGAUGUUUUGGCCAUUAUAAUGUGAAAUCACUUCUUUCUUUACAGUAUUUGACCAAAUUUGUGUGUCUAUGAUAUUUGUAAAUACAUGCGAAUAUCUGUAUUUCUUAUCAUAAGCCUAUUUAGUUUUAUUCUCAGUAGGGUUUUUUGGAUUGUACAGUGUUUAUAUGAUCUGAACUCCUUAUACAUAAGAAGGUGUGUAUAUUAAUCCAAUUAUGGACUUAAAAUAUUUUAAAAGUAUAAAUACCCUUAUUUGCUGCAAAGACCAGUGUGUAGACAUUUGCUUUUUAGCAAUAUUUUUAAGUGCUCCAUUUUAAUGCCAAGGAAUAAGUCUUUUGGCAACACAAACUGGUCAAUAAUAGGUAAUGCAGGUAUGUUCAGGUUAAGCCAACAAUGUUUUGCAUUUUUAUGCUUAUUUUCUGUCAACACUAAUGAAGUCAACAUUGCCUGAAUGUCUGAAUAAUGAAACACAUCCCUGUUUAAAAGUAUGUAACUGAAAAAGAAAUAAAAAAAAAAAUAAAAGUAGUUUUUUUAAA